CAUUAUAAAAUCAAAAUUGAAAUGACUUCCCCGCCGAGCUAUGACCAACAUCUUCUCGAUCGGCUUAAUGCACUGAAAAAGUCAAGCAUCCAGCUUGACCCUUCAAAACCACAGACACUAUUGAACCUGCAUUCAAGGGAGGCAACACCAGAAACAGACCUAUCAGCCCGUCUACGAAGUCUCCGAAAUGGUACAUCUUCGCCAUCACCCGCCCCAGAAUCGUCCCGCGCGACACCCGCUGCAGAAAUUCCCAGUCAAAGCCUCGCCGAGGAUCCAGACCCUCUGCGCAAUCCCCUGAACCCCGACGAGCAAAGUCUCGAUGAUCUUCUUGCCGAACUAGGCCCUGAGUAUCAAUGGACGCUGAAUCCAGAUGAUCCUGAUGAUAUCCAGCAGUUACUUGAUGAAGCCAAGAGUGCGUUACCCCGCAAUGAAGAUCAGCCCGGUUCCUCGUCCAGAGAGGUCGAAAAUGGUUCUAGGGAUGGGAGUGAUAAGUCAGAAAAGAAUGUCCUCACAAGUGAUCUGGAUAUGUCGGUGUUCGCUCUAGAUGAAGAGGAUGGAGAUCGAAACCAAGCCCAGAACUCAGGGCUUGAGAAUGAAUCACGUGAGGUCCAAGAUAUCAUCGCGAGGCUGCUGGACGAAGUGAACCUUGAACGAGGAAAUGAGUCUAGCGACCAAGAGGAUAACCUGGAGUCUUUAGAGAAGGGGAAAGACGAGGAAUCCCUUUCACUACCGUCCGCUCCCUCAGAACUUCCCGAGCCAACCGUGACAGAAACGGAGCCAACUAGGAAAUCGCUGGAUUUCGAAUCGGAUAUCACUGCUCGCAUGGCAGCACUCAGAGGCCUGGGCACACCGAACGAGCUUGGUUUACCAUCACCACCAACCUUUGCGCCAGCAGCCAAACCUGUGAAGGGAGUGAUGAAGAAGUACACGGAUGAAGAGAUUGAUUCUUGGUGUAUCAUAUGCCAGGAUGAUGCUACGGUUAAGUGUCUGGGCUGUGAUGGAGAUCUAUAUUGUGCGAAUUGUUGGAAGGAGGGACACAUGGGGCCUGAUGUUGGUUGGGAGGAGAGAGGACACAAGUGGACGAAGUUUAAGAAACCGAAUUGAACGCCCAGGUUUUUCUUGAAUGUUUACUGUUACUGCCAUAUACCAACACAGAAAUUAGAGCCCUUUUUAACACCCUCUACAGCUCCAAGAUGCAUCCUAGGUUAUGAUCAUGUGAACUGACAAUCAUUUGAACCACUGUGUUACAUUUUCGGGUUCAAACCAGAGACGCCAAGAGAAUUCCCAAACCUUUGAGGGAAAUCAACGUAUACAUACAAUGCAUUUUGAUUACAUGCCAGGCCCGUAUAUCAUCGCCCGACUUCCAUAACGCCUCCUACAUCCAUAUGCAUCCAAUACGCCGACCAAUUUCACCUAUGUAUACACAGACAGAGAGAAACCACCCAAGUACAAUUUAAUCCCUAAUCAAACAAUCAAUCGUCAUCUUCGUGGAGGUCUUCGCCACGAAUACCACGGCCUGCAGCACCGGCGCUGGGUUUCUUGGCCUUGCCGCGGAUAUCUUGCCACGUC